AUGCCGAAUUCGAAUUGGUUUACCCAAACCACAGAGUGGACUAGAGAGGAGAACAAGGAGUUUGAGAGAGCUUUGGCUAUAUUUGAUGAGCAUGAGCCUGAUAGAUGGCUAAAGGUGGCAGCUAUGAUACCUGGAAAGACAGUUUAUGAUGUAAUCAAGCAAUACAAGGAGCUGGAAGAGGAUGUUUGUGAUAUAGAAGCAGGGAGGGUUCCAGUUCCAGGUUACCUCGGCUCAUCUUUCACAUUUGAGUUGGUUGAUGAUAGCAAUUUUGAUGCGUAUAGGAAGAGGCCUUUGACUGCCAAGAGUACCGAGCAGCAGAGAAAGAAAGGAGUGCCAUGGACAGAAGAUGAGCACAGGCGGUUCCUGAUGGGGCUUCUAGAGCAUGGAAAAGGGGACUGGAGGAACAUCUCUCGCAAUUUUGUAGUCUCCAAGACUCCAACUCAAGUAGCAAGCCAUGCACAGAAGUAUUUUAUAAGGCAGCAGCUUUCGGGAGUGAAGGAUAAGAGAAGACCAAGCAUCCAUGACAUUACAACUGUCAAUCUCGCAGAUACUGCUACUCCAUCAGACGGUGACAAACCUUCCUCACCAGAUCAAUUUGAUGUGCUUUCAUCGCAGCAAAAGCCAGCAGGAAUGCAGAAAGUGUUGAUUGACUGGGAGGAAUCAAAGGAUGGGUCAAUUAUGGUCUUUGAUUCAACUCAUGGAGACUUGUUUAAGUCAUCUCCAUAUGAGAUAUCUUCAAAUGGUCUAAAAUUUCAGGGGCAAAAUCUGUAUGCCGGUGCUCAUCAUGGGGCUCGUAUCAACCCCCAUAACUUGGUUUUUCAAUUGCCACCCCCAAGAUUUCAAAUUCAUUAA